AUGACUUCCCACAUGCCUUUCGAUAUCCUGAAGCCCUUGGCUUUAUUCAGCUCCCAGCCCCAGUCCCAACAAUACAUCAAAUCAGCCAGAAACCUCGAAGCGCAAAGCACUCCCACCCAGACCAGUACAGAGACAGAAACAGAGGUAGAAGCAGAAGCAGAAGCAGAAGCAGAAGCAGAAGCAGAAGCAGAAGCAGAAGACCCGGCCAAAAGCACCGCCAAAAUCGAAACAACAUUCGGCCUAAUAUUGAAACUCACAAACGGGCCCGAAAUCGAGAAAUCAGUCGAAAUAAGCACUUCCACACACUCAGAUCCACCCACCACCACACCCACCAGCCGGCCCAGACACUACCGGAUUGCCAGCGAGUACGGAACGUACUUUCUCUGGCGCAACGACGAUAUAAUCGAAGAAGAAGGAGAAGAGUCUUUCGUGGACGUAGAUGAGAUAUUCAACUCCUUCCCCAAACUCGUUGAAGAGCGGUAUCUCGCCUGGAUCGAUUGCUAUCAUGACUACUUCGAACGAGACUACCACGCCCCUCUAUUUCAGAAUAAACAAGAGGCCAUUGCGUGGUUUGUGGCUGGUUAUCUGCUCGCGUGGAGAAUUGUUCUUUCGCCUGAUGUAGGUAGUGUUGAGUGGUUGGUUGGGCCGGGGGAGUACUUUUUGGAAAAGGGGAAUGAGACUUGCGUCACGUUGCAGUUUUUGAGGGAUUUGAUGCGUUAUUUGGAAGAUGAACGACUUGCUGAGUAG